AGUUACUUGUUUUGCCUCCCUCUGACUGCCCUUGGCCACUUCAGCAGCAUGAAAGCAACAGCCUUUGCCCUGCUCUUGGCUUUGGCUUUGACAUCCAUCUUCAAUGUAGAAUGUGCCACACGCCCUCAACAGGUUGACUGCAGUAAAUAUGAGAAGUUCCCACGGAGAGAAGAGGGAUUUUGUUAUGAAACAUAUGCACCAAUUUGUGGAUCUGACAGCAAAACUUAUGCCAAUGAUUGCUUCUUUUGUUCUGAAGUUCGGAAAACUAACAACAAACUGAAAUUUGUACAUUUUGGAAAGUGUUGAAUCUAUCUUCUGAUUCCAAGGCACAUGAAACAUAUUUCUUCUCCCAUAUAACCUAUGCCAUACUGCCUAAUCUUGUCACCAGUGUGUCUUGAUUUCUUUGCGAAAUAAAGUAGACAUAUGGGAAAUAAAUGUAGGUCUGACAUUUUUUGUUCAGGAGUUGAAUCUUCCAGAUUUGUUUUACUUUUGAUGAUGUCUCAUAGACCAUCUUAGGGCCACAUCUUGGGAGAAAAGGGUUGAUUAAGAACAGUAGUGGGGCUUCUGGGUGGCUCAGUCGAUUAAGUGUCCAAUUUCGACUUCUGCUCGGGUCAUGAUCUCAUGGUUUGUGAGUUCGAGCCCUACAUAAGGCUCUCUGCUGACUGCACAGAGCCUGCUUUGGAUCCUCUGUAC